CGGAUAAAAUACAGGGAAGGAUAGACAGAAAGCUCAGCGAUACGGCAAUGGCGACUUUUUUAGCUCCACUCUCUCAAACCGCUCUCUCUCUCCGCCUCCUUCCGCCGAAGUGCCGCCGCUCUCCCGCCUUCGAACUCCACUCGCCGAUCCGCAUCACCUGCUCCGGUCAGUACUCCGCUUCUAAAGAAGGUUGCAAUAUCAAGGAAAGCACAUGUGGUUUCAAGGAAUUGAGGAAUGUGGCUUGCGGAGUCCUUGCUGUUUGUGCCGUGACUGCCGCUUCGCCAGUAAUGGCUGCUAGUCAGAGGUUGCCUCCCUUAUCAACAGAGCCCAACCGCUGUGAACGUGCAUUUGUUGGCAACACAAUAGGACAGGCUAAUGGUGUCUAUGACAAGCCAAUUGAUCUCCGCUUCUGCGAUUAUACAAAUGAAAAAUCUAACCUAAAAGGGAAGUCACUGGCGGCAGCACUCAUGUCAGAUGCUAAAUUUGAUGGUGCAGACAUGUCAGAAGUGGUAAUGUCAAAAGCUUAUGCUGUUGGAGCUAGCUUUAAGGGUACCGACUUCUCAAAUGCCGUUUUAGAUAGGGUGAAUUUCCAGAAAGCGGAUCUUCAAGGAGCUGUAUUCAAGAAUACCGUUUUGUCAGGGUCUACCUUCAACGAAGCUCAACUGCAGGACGUAGUGUUUGAGGACACCAUUAUCGGUUACAUCGAUCUUCAGAAGCUCUGCACCAAUACAACCAUAAACGCCGAUGGAAGAGCUACUCUCGGAUGUCGGUGACUUUGAUUUAUAUUCUGCCUUCUUUUUUCGCUCUCGAGAUACAAAGUGGAACGGAGAUGCUCUUUAAUAUAGUGAGAGUUCUUCAGUUACAUAGAAAGCGAGAAUGAUUCGGUGGCUACCGUUAGGACCUGAUUGGUUUGGGCUCAGCACUCUCUAGCUCGACGCGUUUGGGGCAGACUAAUAUCCAUAUCCAUGUCCUGCUUGUAAAUGAGCUAUGCGCGACAGGAAAACGUCGAGUCUAUUGUUGUCCGUCCUCAGGUAUAGUGUUGUGCGGUUGUUACAA